AAAGUACCAUUAAAAAAAAAGUUAUCGGCCGUCACGUCUAAUGUCAAAGUCGUAAACUUUAACUGUCAUUCGUUUUUCUUAAAACGGGCGAAAUGUCUGAUACAACCGGUGAUAAUUUAAAACCACGAGUUUUAAUACUAGGAGGAUGCGGCUUCAUCGGGCGGAACUUGGUAGAUUACUUGAUAAGGAACGAUCUGGUUAGCGGGCUUCGUGUUGUGGACAAGACCCCGCCUCAACUGGCUUUCCUGAACCCUACACAUUCUAAAACAUUUGAGGACCCCCGCGUUGAAUACAAAAGCGCAAAUCUAAUUAAUCAGACUUCUUGCGCAUCAGCGUUAGAUCCAGGAGACGACGCGCCAUGGGGGCUGGUAGUGAAUUGUGCGAGCGAAACUCGCGGAGGUCAGACCGAGGCGGUUUAUGCGGAAGGAAUCGUCACCCUCAGCCUGAACGUGGCCAAGCACUGCGCCAGGAUGAAGGUACCAAGACUGGUAGAGAUCUCAAGUGGACAGAUGUGCAGCAAUGAUAAGCCCCAAAAGGAAGAUUGCUCAAUUGACCCUUGGACGAUCGAAGGUCGGAUGAAGAGCAAAGUGGAACAAGAGCUGAAAAACAUGGAGGACCUGAACUACACCAUCAUAAGGCCCGCUAUUGUGUACGGAAUCGGAGACAGAAGAAGUUUGACACCCCGUCUCCUCUACGGUGGAAUUUACAAGCAUUUAGGCGAAACAAUGAAACUCCUUUGGACUGGCGAUCUGAAAAUGAACACGGUACAUGUCCGCGACGUCUGUCGUGCCAUCUGGACUCUCGGGACCAGUCCUCAGGCCAACAAGCAGAUCUAUAACUUGGUUGACGAAGGGAACAGCACUCAGGGUACAUUGGCCGAGCUCGUCUCUGAUAUAUUCAAAAUCAAUCAUGAUUACUAUGGAACCGCUAUUUCUACUUUGGCUAAGAACGACAUAGCGUCUGUGGCGGAGGAAGCCAACGACAAGCACCUGACCGCGUGGGCGGACAUCUGCCGCAAGUACUCCCUCCAGCACACGCCGCUCGAGCCCAGCGCCGGCGUGGAGCUGCUCCUCAACAAGCAGCUCUGUCUCGACGGGACCAAGCUGCGCGCGCUGAUGCAACUGGACGUGCCCAAACCUACCGCCGAACUGUUCAGAGAGGUUUUAGAAGACUAUGCUUCGAUGCAACUCUUCCCCAAGGAACUUUUACUAUGACUGCGCAAUUAAAAAUCGAUACGUUUUUUUAACAUUUUGUACGUCAACUAUGAAUAAUUGAUUUUUAUAAAUAUUUGAUUUCAUUUAGCGUUUACAGAAGUCGGUGUUUUUAAUUUUAAGCUUUCGUUUCGCUUUAGCCUAUAUUUAAUAUUCGCUAGUAACAAACAAAAAAAGUUUUUCGGACACGAUGUAUAAAUAAAUACCCUUCGUUCGCUUCAUAUUAAAAAUAAAAAUACUUUAACAUUAAUUUAAAAAAAAAAAAACAUUCCAUUCAUAAUUUCGCGUUUGCCUUCAGUAUUACUAUUCGAUAUUUUGGAAUUGAGUCAUACUUGAAAUUCUUAUUGAGAUGCGCCUAACCUUAUUACCACCGGUUUAACGGUGUAAGGAUUCAAAGAGAAUUGAAAGAUACAAAAUCACGUAUAAGUCUAGAAUGUCCACACGUUGUGAUUUUGGUCGGACGUUGUCUGUGCGCUGCAGUGGCAGUGGUACACAUGAAUUUGAAAAAAAUAUUUCAAUGAAGAAAAAAAAGUCCGAUUUUUUUCGUGUCCAAUGCGCGCUUUACAUUGAAGCUUAGAAAUGGAAGCUAUUGUAACGAUAAAAAAAAAUCGAAAAGCCUUUCUAUAUUUGUAGGUACGAAGGGAACAAUAACCUGUGUCUUGUUCGAUUUUAUAAAAGUCGUUUAAUGAAAUAAAGUCUCUCUCUCGGACUCAGGGUCUUUGAGAAGUUCCCUUUUCGAUAAGGUUUUUUUUUUGAUACGAAUAGAGAUGUAACUGAACGCGUAGUCGAAUGAGUUGAAUGUUCGAAAACAAUGCCUUUUAAUGAAGUAGCACCUUCUGUGAACAGGCAUAGUCAUGUUAAUAGUGUUUGACAUUGUUAAUGACGGAUGCGGUUAAGUUCUACAUCGCCCGCUCGUCUGUCAAUAUAGAGGGAAACAAAUUAACUGGAAAAUAAUUCGUACUAAGUGCGAUUGGACAAAAUCGAAUGAAAAUUUAGAGGUUAAUUAAAUUUAAAUUGUCAAAUAUUACAUUCACUAAGUGUGUGGGACUGUUCUCGAAUAAAAAGAACUAUCAACGAAACGAAGUUAAUGCUCAUUUUAUUGUAGAUGUUUUGUAUUGCAGCACGCAAUGUAACAGUAACAACUGAGGUGCGCCAGGUCAACGAACUUUUCGUAAUACAUGUACGAAGGUAUCAUGUACUACUAGAUAGCCUGUUACAAAACUUGGCAAAUUGAACUUUAUUCCUAGUUCACGUUAAGGUAGUAAGUAGUACGCUUCGAAGCUAGGAAUGGGUAAGGGAGAGCAAGGAAAAAAAAAAUAAAAAAAAAUAUCAAAAUAUUUAUUCGACGAACAUUGAUGUUUUACAACGAGAUGAAAUCAUAGACAAUUUUGAUGCUCAUUUAAAAAAAAAGGCGGACACCUGUGACAUUUCUUUCGCCGCUUACUAAUGAAUGAUACUGCAUUAAGAAAAACAAUUUUCACUUAAUGUUCUUAGAGCUUUCAAAAAAUUUCGCUAAUAAACAGCCCAAUAUUAUAUUAUGAAUUGCAUCAGAAAUUUUGUAAGUACUAAAAUAUGAUUUUUACAACACCGGAAACAACUAAUGCAAAAUUAUGUUUAAUUUGAUGUUAUAACACUAAUAUAAUUAAUUACUUUUACAGUAAUUAAAGACUGUCUGACGAUACCAAAAAGCAAACUUAAUUUGCUUAUCUAACAACAAUUAUUAAUGGGAAGGAAAAACACUUAGGGAUAAUACACAUGUCAAUUUAAUAAUAUGUAAAAAUCUUCCAGUUUAUAUACAUACGUGUGGAGUUACUUACACAAGACAAGAAAUAACAGUAACGCAACAUUUUAGAUUACUAUAGCAUGAAUCUGUAAAAUGUUUUGAUUCAGAAGAAAAAAUACAAAUGUUUGUUAGUUCUGUUUCUGGUUAUGAGCUAAAUGGCUAGUAGCGUUUUUUUCUCGGUUUUCCAUAGUUUGAAAUUUAGAAGCGAUUCUAAUUAAGUACAUGACGAUCUAUGAUUUUGGCUCACUUUUAGCGAUAAGACUGGUCUUGUAAUUUUGCAUAUUUUAAAAAAAUAUUAUUUUGGUGUAUAAUGAAGCAUAUUAUAUAAUAUCAACGAUUUAUUGAAACAAAGACAUCCAUUCUCUUCCAUCCAUUAUCUUAGUUCAAACUUUGAUUCGAUUAAACGUCUUAACUAUAGUACUUAGUUAUGGUACUUAAUAUUUUAAUUUAAUACAUAAAGGUGCGAAAAUUAUUCAGUUUUGUACUCAUUUUUUUAAAUAUAUUUCUAAGCGAAUGUUAAAUUUAGUUAUAAUAUUUUUUUAAUAUAUUAUAGAAACUUUGAAAUUAUUCUCUUUUAUAUACGAAUGAAAUUGUUUUUAAAAGUAAUGAAGAAAAUACAGUAUUUUCAACUGUCAACCUGUCAAUGCUUGAUUUAUGGUAUUUUAAACGAGUCUCAUGUAAAAAUAAUUUCAUGAAAUUCUAAAGCGCUUAAAUAAACUUAAAAACCAAACUUCUAAGCCGUGCAAUAAAUAUUGCGACUAUAAUUUGAAAUCUUCGUCUCUUGGGAACUUUCGUAGUGUUUUGUUAAUUUCAUCGCUGAUUUUCUGACAAAAUGCAUACUCUUAAUAUAAAAUAUGAGAUUACAUAGUAAUAUGAAUAUCCUAUUACUUCUGUAAACAUCCGUACUCUAUGGUCGAAUUAUGAGAUCUAAUUAUUUUCCAUUGAACUUUGUAGAUUUCAAUUGCUGUUUUAUUUUUAAUAUACAUUUUGUAUUAUGUUUUUAUUUGUAAAAGUAAUAUGUAUAUUUGAAUCGAAUUUUUUAUAUUAACGAAACCAAGUUUCCGGCUCUACGAUUUUUAAUAAAAGAAUAGAAUUUUAGAUUUAAGUUUACGUUUAAAUCGAUAGUGCUAAGCGCAAUUCGUAUUAAAAUUAUCGACAAUAAUUUUUGUAUCAAAAAAGAAAGAAACGCGAUCCGAUGGAAUUUUAAAUCGUCUUCGCUUCGCAUUAGAUCGCUGCGUACACAUUACACGGGUCGGGUAGUUAUUGUUUGAAGCUUGUGAACAUUUUGUACUUGCUAUCGAUGUAUUAUCAAUAAAAGUAUUUGUAUAGAAAA